AAAUGUAUCGACUAUGUUUAGAUAAGUAGCUAAGCAGGCUGACGUAAUCCCAGCCAACGGGACUUGAAAACAAAUGUGUAUAUUUAUGUAUAUCACAUAAGAUUAGCUGCAAAACUAACAAAUGACAAAAAGGACAAACAUUCGAGAGUUUAAGGUUCUUUGGUUUCUGUUUAAAGCUAAAUGCAAAAAAAUGUUUUGCAAUGCAUUUCUUUUCACAAACUUUGGUGAAAUAAUGCUUUCAUCCUCAGCUCAGGCAGACUUUGCUCCCUAUUUCUACGACAAUGGCCCAUCCAGCAACAAUGGGAAUCUGGCCCUGUUCAGCCUCUCUGAGGAUACCCCUGUUGGUACACAAAUCUAUCAACUUAACGGCACAGACCCUGAAGGCCAGGAGGUGAGGUAUGGUCUUUCCUUUGACCCAGGGUCAAAGGAGUACUUCAGAGUAGACCCAAAGUCAGGAAAUAUUACAUUAGUGGAAACAAUGGAUAGAGAGCAACAAGACUCGGUUGAUGUUAAUAUCAGCAUCACAGAUGGAAGAAGCAAGGUUGUUGAACGAGUCACAAUAUUUGUGACGGAUGCAAAUGAUGAAAAGCCUGAAUUCCAAAACAUGCCUGCAAUCAUAGAUGUGUUGGAAACAACUGAAUCUGGUAGAAGUAUCUACAAAGUGGAGGCUGUGGACAGAGACACGGGCUCUGGAGGCUCAGUUACCUACCAUCUCCAGUCACCACACUCCAGUUUGUUUGCGAUUGACAUAAACAGCGGAGUUCUCCGUAUCAAAUCUGGACAAAUGUUGGAUUAUGAGAAAACAAAAACACACUUUGUUACUGUCAUUGCAAAGGAUGGGGGAGGCAACUUGAAUGGCAAGGAACAAUUUAUGUCAUCUUCUGCGACGCUCACUGUCAAUAUGAUUGAUGCACAAGACACUCCACCUUUUUUUAUUGGAACCCCCUACUUUGGCUAUGUUUACGAAAUCUCAGUGCCGGGAUCUGAAAUAUUUACAGUUAGUGCCAAAGAUGGAGAUGUGGGAAACCCAAAUCCAGUCAGCUAUUCAUUCGAAGAGGGUGAUGACGGUGUUUUUGGCAUUAAUAAGACAAGUGGUUGCAUAUCCCUGCUGGUUGCUCCAAUUUAUCUGAAAAGAGAAAUCUUCAACAUUAAAGUCAGGGCAACAGAAAUAAGUCCAGAGGCCAAAGAUUUGGACUAUGGAGUGACCACAGUGGUGAUACGUGUGGUGGAUUUAAAUAAUAAUCCCCCAACCUUUUAUGGGGAGAAUGGUCCACAGAAUAUGUUUGAGUUGACCAUGUACGAGCAUCCACCAGAGGGAGAAAUACUCCGGGGACUGAAAAUCACAGUUAAUGACUCUGAUAAGGGUGCAAAUGCCAAAUUUAAUCUAAGAUUGAUUGGACCAGGACGAAUGCUGCGAGCCGUCCCCCAGACUGUACUCAAUGAGGCCCAAGUAACAAUCUUAGUGGAGGACUCUGCUGCGAUGGACUAUGAGAAGCAUCACUUCCUAACAUACAAGCUGCUCGCAGUUGAGAUCGACACUCCAGAAAGAUUCAGCGCCACAGCACACAUCAUCAUUCACCUUCUGGACACCAACGACAACGCUCCCAAAUUUUCCUCGGACUAUUACAUCGCCAGAAUUCCCGAAAACUCACCCGGCGGCUCAAAUGUGGUGUCAGUCACGGCUUUAGACCCAGACUCAGGACCCUGGGGUGAAGUCAAAUACUCUAUCUACGGAUCGGGGGCUGAUGUGUUUCUGAUCCAGCCUACAUCCGGGAUCAUUUACACCCAGCCCUGGGCGAGUCUGGAUGCUGAGGUGAGAUCUAAGUAUAACUUUUAUGUAAAGGCAGAGGAUGCUGAGGGAAAGUACAGCCUGGCUGAAGUUUUUGUGACCGUGUUGGAUCUGAAUGACCAUCCACCUGCUUUCAACAAUAACUUCCUGGAGAAGACCAUGGUGAUAGGAGCGCCAGUGAAAAUAGAGGCUAUGGACGACGACGCAGAAGUACCCAACAAUGUUAUCGAGUACGCCAUCAUGAAGGCCGAGCCAGACAACAACAUCUUUGACAUAAAUGCUGACACAGGAGAAAUUAAGUUAAAGUCCUACAUCAAGUCAAUGGCUAUCAUUCAGAAUAUUACCAAGAAGAGAGACUGCAGUUGGUCCCUGGUAGUCCAGGCUCGUGACCGGGGUCAGCCAUCCUUCAGCACCACUGCAGUUGUCAAGAUUGACAUCACUGAAGCUACUCAACUGAAAGGGGGGCCUUUGGGAUCAUUUAUAGAGAUGAAUAGAAACAACUCAUUACAAAUCAUAGGUAUGCUCUUUGGUAUCAUUAGCCUUGUGGUCAUAGUCACAGUCAUCAUCUCCACCGCCACAUUCCUGCGUAACAAAAAGUCCAAUCGGAUCCUGCCCAGCCGCAGAGUACGGAGAAGGCCACCGAAACAGCCGUUCUGGAAUUUCAAAAGCCCAUUUAAGUCAUCAGAGACCCCAAGAGAGGAUUUCACAGUUCAAGAAGAACAGCAAGAACCAGAGGUGAUUGUGAACAAUGUCAACUACAACAACAAUUUCAGUACUGUUGUAAGACAUUGGCCUCCACCACCCUGUGCACCUUCUUUGCCCCCUCCGCCGCCCACCUAUUUACCAGGAGAACGACACUGGACCGUACCCACAGUCUCUGCAGUUGUGGUCCCCAAGCCCAAAAAGAAGCCGACGAUGGACAGAAGGGACACUGUAAACAAAGCAUUAGUUUCAGAACUGAAGAUGAGACUGGAGCAGAAGAAAAUGGCAUCACUUUAUAACACGUAAAAAGAUUAAGAUUUUGUAAAGUGAGGUUCAUUAUCGGUAACAGUUCCUCUACCUGCCAGAGACAGAUGUCAUAUAGGAAACUUUGUAGAACAGCAAACUUUGCGAAGUUUGUAGAACUUAGAAAGGGGCUUAACAGCCAGCUAGAUGGGCUCCCAGCUUUAGUUCAUUUUAGCAAAUCAGCUCAGAGUAAAACUGUUCAUACCUGUGGAAAUAAACACAACAGCAGAGUUUGAAAAUCUGACCAGCUGUUUAAGCCUUUAACAUAUACAAACUUUUCACUACAGCCUCAAUAUCAACACAGUGUUCGUACCACCGUGAGAUAUAAAUUACCCAAAUGAGGAAACCAGCCGAUCUUCACACUCUGUCCUUGUUAAAAACAGGCAUUAUUUUUCUUCUUCUGCCCAAAGUUUUAAUUACAGUUUUCUUUAUCUGCCAUGUGUUUAUUUAUGUCACUAGAAUAGCCACAAUCACAGUAAAAAAGUUACUGGUGGACCUCUAGUGGCAUGUUCUUAUGAAGAAAUUAAUGCCACAAUGCUUUGCAGAUAAGCAGAUAUUGAAGUGGAUCAGGAGGUAUAAAUUGGACCUAAACCAUCACAUCUACAGUAUAUAAGGAGUAUUUUUUCUAUUUUCUACAAAUUCACUAAUGUGGCAGCGUUCGGAUACAGUUAUAAAGGAACUAUUACAGUUAAUAACCUCACUUCAAAAGGAUAAGCAAUCUCAACACAAGGUCUUUUUGGCAAGUCCAGUUUUCUGAGAAAUGUCUUUUAUUGUUUAAUCAUCACCAGAUCAUCACUACUGCAGCCAGAUGAGAACAAGCUGCAGCUCUUUACACCUUGUGAUGAGAUUGAAAAUAAAAUUGGCAUAGAUACAAAGAUGAACUCAAUCAUUAACAGAGCUCACACACACAGAACAAUGUGUGUGUGCAUUGUUCUGUGUGCAUGAAUGCAAGCUCUUAUAAGUUUAAAUAAGUUAAACUAAAAUAUGAACCUGUUUCAUUUCAUGUAUAUAAUGUAAUUUUUAUAAGUGGAAAAAACUGCCAUAUGUAUUAUUGUUCUUAUUGAAAUCCUAAUUCUAAAUGAAUAAUCAUUUUUUGUUGUGGUUGAUCAAACAAUCUCAUAAUUGUAAUAACUGAGCUCUUCUUUCUUGAAUAUCAAGACAUAUUUGACACAGCGUUUUUGUUGGAAAUAUAUUGUUUGCUUAGCUUGCAAACGUCUUCCAAGAGAUUUUAUAGUCCUUCAGCUCAUAAGGAUCAGGCAGAGGGAAGAACGCCAAAGUGGUCAAACAAAGAAGGUCUUGAACAUUUUGUGCAGAUGUGAAGCACUGCAUUACCAUUAAUAUUCACAUUUGAUGUAUUUACCAUUUUAUGGUAUGUAUAUUUCAGUAAAUAUUUUUUUGUUAUUGUUCAAACAAUUAUGCUUUCAAUAAAAAAAGUUAUUCCUUUCA